AUGUUAGUGGUACAGGCAAAUCUUCAGAAGAAGGAGCUCGCAACGAGCGAAUUAAUGUUAGAAGCAAGCAAGGGAGGGAUGAGCUUAGCCCUGAUCCAGGAACCAUAUGUGGGGGGAGUCGGAUAUAUGAGGGACUAUCGGGGAGCGCGCAUUUUUCAAAGCGGACAGACAGAGGGAGUAGUAAAGGCAGCGAUAGCCGUAUUUGACAAUAAUAUCUACGUUACUCAAUGUCCGACUCUCACCACAAAUAACAUCGCAGUGGUUGUAGUCAAAACAAAUACCUGGGAGAUGGGUGUCAUCUCACUCUAUCUAGAGCCGGAUGUACCCAUCGAACCGUACAUGGAUCAACUAAAGGAUAUAGUUACAAAAUUGGGAAAAAUGAAAAUAUUGAUUGGAAGUGACACAAAUGCUUGGAGCCCUUGGUGGGGCAGUAUAAAGGAAGAUAAACGAGGAGAAACGCUUUUGGGUACUCUAAACCAGCUAGAUCUUCACAUACUUAAUAAAGGAGAAACCCCAACUUUCGAUACGGUGAGAGGCGGUAAAAUAUAUCAGAGCCAUGUCGACAUCACAGUGUGCUCGGAAAACUUAUUAAGUCUGGUAGAGGAUUGGAAGAUUGACGACAGCGUGACAAGUUCAGAUCACAACACUAUUAAAUUUAGAAUUAAUCAAAUAAAAACAGUUGGGCUUAAAAUGGAAAGAGUUACAAGAUUAUAUGAUAGUAAAAAAGCAAAUUGGAGUCAGUUUCGUGAGAAACUGGCACAAUUGCUAACAGAUAAAAAUUUAAAAAUAUUAGAAAUAAAUAAAAUAGACAAUAAGGUAAAUUUAGAGUAUAAAUUAGGUGAAUAUUUGGAAACAAUUAAAGAAACAUGCGAGGCCACAAUCCCAAAAAUUAAAAAUAAAAGUAAACUUACCCUGCCGUGGUGGAACCAAGAACUUGUUGCGCUUAAGAAAAUUGUCAUCACAAAAAAACGCCGCAUAAGAUGUGCUGCCGCGGUGCGACGAGCCGCCGUCGUCAAGGAGUACCUAGAAGCGAAAGACAAAUAUGAGUAUGAAGCAAAAAAGGCUCAAGUCAAAAGCUGGAAGGACUUCUGUGGAAAACAGGACAAAGAAAGCUUAUGGGACGGGAUAUAUCGGGUAAUCGGCAGAACAGCAAAACGGCAUGAAGACCUGCCACUUGUAAAAAACGGAAAAAUAUUAGACAAUGAAGAAUCGGCUAGGAUGCUAGCGGAAACCUUUUACCCGGAGGACCUAUUUGAAGCUGACGACGCAGACCAUCAGCGUAUAAGAAAAAUAGCCGAAGAAGUAAAUGCAGGAUCGCAAGAUGAUUCUUGCGACCCACCAUUCACUAUCUCUGAGCUAAAUUAUGCCUUGAACAGUUUCAAACCAAAAAAGGCUCCGGGAGGGGACGGCUUCACGGCUGAUAUCUGCCGAGAGGCGAUUUCCCAAAACCCCGGUAUUUACUUGAGUCUUGCAAAUAAAUGCCUCGAGUUAGGACACUUCCCCAUUAUAUGGAAGGAAGCAGUAGUUGUGGUCCUACGAAAGCCAGGAAGGGAGGAUUACACACACCCGAAGGCCUACAGACCCAUAGGUCUACUAUCUGUUAUGGGAAAAGUCCUGGAGAAGAUGGUUAUAAGAAGGGUAAGGUGGCACGUUCAAUCAGGUUUUAGUACUCGCCAAUACGGCUUCACACCACAGAGAAGCACCGAAGACUCCCUCUAUGACAUGAUGAAUUACAUACGUACACAGUUACGAAAUAAGAAGGUAGUGACCAUCAUAUCACUUGACAUAGAGGGAGCAUUCGAUAGUGCUUUGUGGCCAGCAAUUAGAUGUCGGUUGGCUGAGGAAAGAUGCCCUAUAAAUAUUAGGAAAUUAAUUGAUAGUUAUCUCCAGGACAGAAAAGUUAGAGUGAGGUAUGCGGGUGUGGAGCAAAUACAAACAACUACAAAGGGGUGCGUACAGGGCUCCAUAGGUGGCCCGGUUCUGUGA